AUGAUGGCGUCCUGGGCAGCAGAAGGUUUGACAGAAAUCGACAAACUCCAAGCUGAGCAGCUGAACGGUGUUGGAGUCGUGACAGACAGGCAGCACGAGCAGGAGGAAAUCAGCCACAGGGAAAUUUUGGCCCGUAUUGAAAACAUCAUCCUAGGAAUAGUGACCAGCCUUUCCAAAGAAGAGGCUCCUUUCCUGGCACUGCCCAACAGAUCCAGCUGGGCUAACGUCAGUUUUCACAGUGCCGUGGGGCUUCAGAUGAGUUCAGGAAGUUCCGUCAGCACCAUUAGGAGCGACUGUCCUUCGUCUGUCACUAAAUUUGCACAAAUUCUCAAGAUCCUCUCUGUCAUCUACAAACUUGUGCAGAGCAACUCGUACGCCACUAAAAGAGACAUCUAUUACAACAACACACAGCUGUUUGUUUCACAGACAACUGUGGACAGUAUUGUAGACGAUAUCUCCUGCAUGCUGAAGGUUCCUCGCAGAUCUCUUCAUGUGUUGGCCACGUCCAAGGGAUUAAUCGCAGGUGAUCUGCGUUACAUGGAGGAGGACGGCACACGGAUUGACUGCCACUCAAGCUCUGCUGGUGUUGCAGUUUCAUCAAACAUUGCUGGGAUUAGAAAUAUUGUAUCAUCUGCGAAAUUUGUCCUGAUAGUUGAGAAGGAUGCAACUUUCCAGAGACUCCUGGAUGACGACUUCUGCACGAAGCUCCGUCCCUGCAUCAUAAUCACAGGUAAAGGUGUGCCAGAUGUGAACAGCAGGUUGAUGGUGAGGAAGCUUUGGGACACACUGCACGUCCCCACCUUUGCUUUGGUGGAUGCUGACCCUCACGGCAUUGAAAUCAUGUGUAUCUACAAGUACGGAUCAGUGGCCAUGUCUUUUGAGGCCCACAGUCUGACCGUCCCCAGCGUUAUGUGGCUAGGCCUCCUCCCCUCUGACCUCCGGAGGUUGCAGGUUCCCGAGGAUGCCCUGAUCCCACUCACCGAGAGAGAUGAAAGCAAACUCAGUAGUCUUCUUAAAAGGCCGUACUUGAGCAGCCAGCCCGACUGGCAGAGAGAGAUGGAACUGAUGCAACAGACUAAGGUCAAGGCUGAAAUACAGUCCCUGGCAGCCAUAGCUCCUGAUUUCCUCACCAGCAUCUACCUGCCCAACAAGCUGCGUUACGGAGGCUGGAUAUGA